AUGAACAAGUUAUUACAAGGUUCACCUUUAAAAUCAUUAGGCAAUACUAGUGUAGGGAAAAUCCGGCAACACAAACAGGAGCCUCUUGUACCUAUCCUUUGGUCAAAACAAACACGAUUGGAUGUCUACAUGCAUUAUCAGUUUGGACAAUUAGAACUAGUAUUGACAAAAUGGGAUCGAAUGAGAUUUUGGGAACUUGAACAUGAUCCUUUAACCAAGAAACUAGGUGAUCAAGCUGAUGCUAUUGUGAACAAAAUUCAAUCUUCUUGGAUUAAUUAUGAUAUGAAGGACGAAGCUACUAUUCAAGAAUAUAUAUCAAGAUCACAAAUGAAGAUAUUAUACCCAAGAGCCAUGCAAUUCACCCAACUGGAUGUCAUUCUUGGUCCACAAGAAGAUGAAAAUGCAAGCAAUAUUCAAUUACAUUAUCAUAGGAUGGCCUUACUUGGUCAAGCCUUAGCAACUUGUGAUAGUAUUUUAACUUCCUUACAACAUCCUAAGCGAUUACCACUUGCUCAUUUAAUGGCCUAUCUUUACCAAUGCCUGAAUAUUCAACAUCAACCGAAUUUUGUAGAAUACAGAACAAGAAUAGAACAAAGAUUUGAUGAAAUCAAAAAUACACCCGAAUCAACAAUGAAUCAGGAUGAACUUGAAUGGAUGGCUGGUAUUGCCAAGGAUAUUCAAAAUCAUAUUUUAUGCAAUUCAACCAAAGAUCAACAACAUCAAAUUUUACGUGCUUGUUCUUGUGUCUUUGAUAUCAUGAAACAAAGUACUGCUUCUGCUUUACCUGUUAAUUCCACUGAUGGAAAUUAG